ACUACCAUUCCCUCAAGUCGGCCCCUUCGUUGCCGCGUCCGAUACUAUAUAUAACUCCACGAUCCCUCCCACCAUUAGCAACCACAAUGAUCAACGCAGCAUAAGGAAAAACUCCGUGCGGCAGCUCAUAAUGGAUCGCCAGAGCUUGCGAGUCGGUGGCGCCGGCGACGCGCAGGAGUUAUGCUACGUCGGCAGCCGGCAGGCCGAGGUCGACGGCGGGGCCUUCCUGAUGGAGCUGCUGGAGGACACAACGGCGCCGGAGGCCGCCGACGACCGGCUGAGACGCGUCAUGCGGUCCCUCGAGGCCGAGCUCGGCAUCGCGUCGGCGCCGGCGCCGGCUGCGGCGGAGGACGGCGAGAGCACGGCGGACGGGCCGAUGAGCGACGACGACGACGGGGGGCUGGAGGACAUGCUGUCGGAGCUGGAAGGUAGCCUUGGGGGCGAGGCGCCGUCGUUGGCCACCGUGCUGCCGUUGGAGUAUUGGGAGGAGGUGGCGCCGGUGAUGGGCGGCGACAUGGGCGGCUGGUACGUCGACGGCGAGGGGCUCGUUGCUGGGUACGAGUACAGGGAGCCAUGCUGUUACAAUAAUUACGCAUAUGGUGAGGGGUCCGCCGUUGAGCAGGUGUACAGCCCCCUGUGCUUGUGGGAGUGAUUCGUUACUAGUAUUGCACUUCCUGCGUUUCAAAAUAAGUAUCAUAAAAUUUAUAUUAAAUUGAUAUAAAUUUUAUACUGAAUCAACAAUAUUUACUUUGAAA